AUGUAUUCCACGGCAGCUUCCAUUGUGAACCGGCCCAGUUCCAUAGCUUAUGCUUCGGGCGUCUCUCUCUUUAUCGUCGCUGCGCUGCAGAGGACCUUCUCACUGCCAACCGUCUCCCUCGCCCUUGCCAUAGGCGCCAUAGUUGGCAUCAAGGCUGCACUGGACAAAAAGCCAAGAACUGUUCUCAAGCCUGACCUGUUUCUUGAACUUGAACUCUCCCACAAGUUCCCCAUAUCCAAUAACACAGCAAUUUACCGUUUCAAGCUUCCUCGCCCAAGUGACACUCUGGGUAUCCCCAUCGGCCAGCAUAUCUCGCUCGCGGCCCGGAUCGAUCGACAGGGGACAGACGUGAUUCGCAGCUACACUCCCAUCACCGAUGACACCACAGCCGGCCAUGUGGACCUGAUCAUCAAGUCAUACGCCAAUGGAAAUAUCUCUAAGCACGUGUCUACUCUGGACAUCGGCCAGUCCAUCAAGUUUCGAGGCCCCAAAGGAGCAUUCCGGUACACUCCAAACAUGGCUCGAAGAAUCGGCAUGAUUGCUGGGGGCACGGGUAUUACACCGAUGCUUCAAAUCGCCAGAGCCAUUGUCAGAGGCCGCCCCUCCGGCGAUAGGACUACCGUCGAUUUGAUCUACGCCAACGAGACCUUUGCCGACAUCCUGCUCAAGGAAGAGCUAGAUCAGAUUGCCCGCGACGACAAGAGCUUCCACAUACACUAUGUCUUGAACAAGCCUCCGGCCAACUGGACUGGUCAUAUUGGUUUUGUCAGUCGCGAGUUGAUCAAGGCAUGGAUCCCCCCCGGUUCCAAUAGCGAUCAACUGCCCGCGGCCGCUGAUGACGUGAAGAUUCUUCUUUGUGGGCCACCGCCUAUGAUUCGUGCCAUGAAGGGCCACACUGAGUCUCUGGGCUUUAAUAAAGCCCGUUCUGUCAGCAAAUUGGAGGAUCAAGUGUUUUGCUUCUAG